CGCGUCUAAAAACGUGGCAGCUGGAUUGCUGUUGAACCAGCGCACUCUUGAAGUUACCACCUCGCGCCAUGAGCCCUGCGUUGCCAUCGUCCAGCGCGUACAUGCCCCCGUUCCACCUCGCGAUCGCCGUCCACGAUCUCCCGCUCGCCACAGCAUUUUACAAAGAUGCGCUCGGCUGCACGGACGGCGCGUCGUCCAAGUACUGGCAGAUGCUCAACAUGUACGGCCACCAACUGGUGCUCCACGAUGCGGGCCCUACCUACCGGGCGCUAGAGAUCGUCAAUGAGCACGACGACGUGCCCAUGCCCCACUUUGGCUUGUGCUUGACCGUGCCCGUGUUCCACGCGCUCUGUGCCCGGGUCGCGUCACACAAGGGCGUCCAGAUCGUACACAAGCCCCACGUGCGGUACGCUGGUCGUCCCGGGGAGCAGUGGAAGAUCUUUUUUCGCGAUCCGAGUGGCAACAACCUCGAGUUCAAGGCGUACGUCCACCCCGAAGCGAUGUUUACCGCUUACAGCGAGACGUAAAUCCAUCUGAAUUUUAUAUAUUCUUUUGAUUUGUGUCGA